AUGACGACCACGACCACAAGCAGCGCCACGCGCUCCGCGUCCUCGGCACGUCCGCCUUCUAUCCCCAUGAUUCCUAGCUCUAUCCGUCGACGUGCUACUGCUCCAUCCACUGACUCGAGAGAUCACGAAAGCGCUGGCCAAGGCGGCGCUAGUGACCCCCGCAACCGACGACCGCGUCCUCGUCCACACAAACCGAAGCAUCCGACCCCUCGUGGAUCCAUAGAAACGACAAUAGAAACGCCGCGUCCACCAUUAGAAACGCCGCGUCCACCUCCAUCCGCUGCUGUGUCAGCUGCUGCUGCUAGCGAGCCAAACGACGAGAAUGGGAGCGCAGGGAAGCGCAAGCACCGGAGGAAAACGACCCGGAAGAAGCGCGCUGUUGCUACUGCAGCAAAGGCCGCUGGAGGGACUGGGACCCGUAGAGACGAGGCAGCAGGAGACGAGACGGAGGAGGAGGUUGUGUGUGUUUUGUGUGCAGACGUGAUCGAGUUCCACGCCGUGGGCGCGUGCAACCACCACGGGAUCUGCAGCAAAUGUGCCAUGCGGAUGCGGCUCCUUCUGGACGACCGCCGUUGCCCCAUGUGCAAACAGCCGCUGGCUCGUGUCAUUGUCAGUCGCGAGAUGCGGCCGUUCGAGAGCUUUGGGCUCUGGGGGGACGCUGCCGGUCCCGACUCGGUGCUGGACGAGAAGUCGGAGAUCAUUUUCGUGGCCUGUCGAGCACAUUACAAGGACCUCUGUCGCUUCCGGGAGUUCCAGUGCAGGAUCAAACGCUGUCGAGACGUGAAGCACUCGCUCGGGCAGCUCAAGGAACAUUUGCGUCGUGACCACGGCGUCGAGUUCUGCGAGCUGUGCUUGACGCAUCAGUCGUUUUUUAUCCAAGAGCAGCAAGUGUUCACGAAAGGUGCACUCAAAGGACACAAUAUCGGACGUAGUCAAGCGGGACUGGCGGGACAGAAACAUGCAAACACCGGCAAGGACUUUCACCCCAUGUGUCAGUUUUGUCGAAAGCGGUUCUACGGAGACAAGGAGCUGUUUGAGCACCUCGAGCGCGACCAUUUCAAGUGCCAUAUCUGCAAAGUGGAGAACGAAUACUUUCGCAAUUACGCGAGUUUGGAAACACACUUUCGACGGGAACAUCAUCUUUGUGAAGAUCCAAGAUGUCUCGAGAUGCGCUUUGUAGUGUUUCCGAAUAAUGUAGAGUACCAUGCGCAUAUGGGUUCCAUCCACGGUGUGCACAAUCGCCUGCAAUGCAACUUCCAAGUGGCGCGUGGCGACAAAACCCCAGUGAGCGCAUCAGUCAGCUCAGACCAUGCUGCUGAUCGAUGGCCGGAUCAUUGGAGCUACGGUGCGAGUGAUCAGCCGCCUUCACCAGCUGUGCGACUCGAAGAGGCAUUUCCAGCACUACCGACGCCCGCUGGACCUGUUGCUCGUCCCGUGUGGAGGCCAGCAGAAGUCCGUCCAUUAAGUGCUCGCACUCUGGGGCCGCCUAUAGCAGUGAGACGUGCACCUGCACCGCCACGAGGCCAAAUUUUCCGCAAUCAGCGACUAGCGCAAGCACUCGGAGUAACAAGACCAGGACUUGCGAGUGGAGAUGCUGCCGCGUUUGAAGAAGAGAUGAAGUCGCCUAGUUAUCCAGAAGAACUGGUCGCGUGGGGAAAGGCGAACACGAGCUAUUUGACCGUGGUCGAGCGUCGUCUGAAGCGGAUUGUCCAGGAGCAAUCAUGCCAUAGUGUCAGUCUGCGAGUGAUGUCGAGCGAAGAGAGAGCGUUGAUGCAUCAAUUGGCCACGUUCUACGGGGUCGAGUCGGAAUCCUUUGGCGAAGAUCCUCGUCGUCGCGUGUCAUUUUUCAAGCGCGAGCAUGCGCAGGUGCCAAGCGUGACGCUGUCGGCGUGUAUCAGUAACCUGGGCAAGCAAGCUGCGGCAGCCCGAGCGUCGAGUCGGUUGAGAUACCUUCCACUUGGAGGCAGUGCGUCUCAAGCACGAGCACCUGUGCCGGCUAGACGCCCAGUUACUGUUGAUCGCGGCUGGGAACGUAUCGAACCUCGCUGCUCUCCGGUCAUCCUGGAUGCAUGGAGCGAUGAUGAAGAUAGUGGAACAGACGAAGAGGGCAGCGCAGAUAGCUCUGGUUCACAGGAUCAAAAUGAAGGGUUCGAGAGCAAACCAUUGGAUGAACGAGACGCUGUCGACGUGUAG